UGUAACGAUUGUAAACACGUCGAAGAUAUUUGUGUGAUCAUUUUUCCGUCUCUCUUGAUUUAGCCUACCACUUUUACAGAUUAUGUAUUUCCCAAAGUGACCGUUUAACGUAAGUAAACUGCUCCGGGACCAGGUUUUUGAACGGAGAGCCAAAACGAAACCUGGAAAAUAAACGGAAGUGUCUUCCUCUCGUUUGAAACUAAACAUCCGCCGCUGCAGCGCGUGUGUUUAUUAUGUUAGCUCGUCGUUUCAGCUGAAUACGAAGGGAAAUAUGAAAAGCGAUUUUAUCGACGUUUUGUCGGAACGGGGAGUUGUUUACUGUUACGCCUGGCACAAAGGACAAAGUGACGGUCUGAACACGAUGAAACGGUCGCUAACGUCUCAGUACAGACUUGCCGUGAACAAAUAAACAAGACAUGGACUUUGCUGUGGAGACAACCUGAGAGGUAAACAAAGAGUGAAGGACACAUUACCAUGGGUCUGGUGAACUUUGUCAUCUCCACUGUGGGAAAAUGCCUGGACGCCGUGUGCUUACUGCUGGACCUGAAUUUCCUCAUCGUCCACACCGUAGUGCGGACCAUCCUGGCGGUUAUCACCUUUAUAACCAGCCUGCCCACCCUCCUCCUCUACUCACUGGUGCAGCUGGGAAACUUAACCUUGUUCUGCUUGAUGUCCAUGGCAGAGGCGACGUCAAACGCAGCCCAAGGUACCGUCACCAUGUUGGGGAGCCUGGUGCUGGCUCUGGAGGGGCUGCUGGAGAGUCUGAAGAUGGUGGGGUACCUGUCCAUGCACGUCCUGCUCCGUGGGAAGGAGCACCUGUGUCGAGGUCUGCUGUCGCUGCUGGAGGGCUGUAGCAUCGCCGUAAGCCUGGUGGUCUAUUUCACCAACACCGUAGUCAACUUUGCACUCAUUGCCACCCAGAACAUGUACUCUGAGGUGGUCAGUUUGUGGCAGACGGUCUCCAGCCCGCUGCAGAAAGUGCUGGAGUUCACGCUGACCUCCUUCACUUUUCUUUACAGCACCCUGGCUGGGACAUCGGCUUUCCUGUGGUCACCCUGUAAGCUGAUUUUGGACUUCCUGGUGUCGCUGGUUCAUAUGUUUAUCAGCAUUUUUAUACUGAACAUCUACGGUCUCUUGCUCACUGUUACUAUUGCGCUAGCUACCACUGCCUACCUGAAUCCAGAGCUUACCCGACAGGCUGCUGUGCAAAUUGUGGAUUACAUCAACUCCUUUCCUGCCUUGCACAGACUUUAUCUAGCUCUCCACCGCUUCGCUUCAGCCUUGCAGAGCUCCCCACAUGUCAUACGCGGUGCCAUGCAGCACCUGCAAAGAGUACUCCGUCACCUCUACCUGCUGGAGAGAGGACUCUGGCAGCAGCUGACUCGACUCAGCAGCCAGCUAAGUGUGGCUCUGAGGACACAGCUCAACAGGGACAACAGAGUACGCGGCGAUGGCGACCCCGGAGAGGAGAGGCGGGACCCACCAGAUGGAAGAGCGGGAGAUGGAGUCCACCAGGAGCUGCUGGAUUUAGUUUUCCCCUCCUCAAGCACAGACAGACCACUAAAGAAGCAGUUGUCUUCAGGCAAAGACAGUAAACCCCUACCUGCAGAGAAUCUGCUGAACCUACUGAAGGAGCAGGAGGAGAGGAAGAAGUGUGUGAUCUGUCAGGACUGUACCAAGACGGUGGUGCUGCUGCCGUGCAGGCACCUCUGCUUGUGUAGAGACUGUACGAACAUCCUGUUGAGGCAGCCCAUAUACCAACAGAACUGCCCGCUCUGUCGGCACAUGAUCCUCAACACGAUGGACGUGUAUCUAUGAGGGAGCAACAGAGUGGAUCUGUGGCUUUUGACGAGCCUGUCAGUAUCCACGCUUUAAGUUUUACCACCACUGAAAUUAUUCACGACUUGUGUUUUUACUAGCUUGUGUUAAGAGAUAAGUCUGAUAAUAUUCUACAUUUUCAUGCUGUCAACAAAUCCCGCAACAAGACCAAAACUACAAAACUAAUUUUAGUCGUACUGCUCAUCUACCCUGUCAGUGGCCUGUUGAUUUUCACAGUGACAGUGUAAAUCUUUAAAAACAGGUCACAAAUGUUGAACGAACAAACUAAACUUAUCUCUGAGGUCAAUUCACUUUGGGCUCUGGAUUUAGUAGGAUUUGGAGAAUUUAUUGAUAAUCAAAAAUAGAGAAUAUCAUCAGAUUUGUAAAGCUUGUUUUCAGAUUGGUUUGCUUUUUGACAACAAUUUAGUAAAGAAAUGCUAAAGAAAACAUAUUGUGUCCCAAGUCCAUACAGCAUACUAACUGUAUAACGGCGUUCCUGCAGAACCUGAAAAGGCAUCGAAUUCAUUCAUCUAAAAAUGGCUUAAAUUAAUCUUUCAAAGUCUAAAACAUGAACAAUAGGAUUUUAUGAAUCUUUCUUUCUCAACAACAUUAUGUUAUUUACCUUUUGUUAAAUAAUUCAAUAAAUUCCUCCUCUUAAAGUUAUCAUGAUGGGAAUCCGAGCAGCGGAAUCUCACAUGCAGGGAGAGAAACACAGAAUCACCAAGACAACUGGCCAGAAAUACCAGAUAUUUCCCACUGCUGAAGGUAAACCAAAUAGAUAAUUUUACGAUAAUAUAAUAUGUUCAUUAU